ACUUGCGGCUAUAGCCGUGUCCCUUCUAGCCACGACUUUUCUGUUACCCGUCGUUCCUCGGAGCGGAAGUGCAGCUAUGAAAGGUCACGCUUCCGGAAACAGUGGCACUUGUGUUCCGACGGCUAGCAGAAGAUGCUAACAGCGUUUUAUGAUUGUUCAGGCUGAUUGUUAACGUUGUUUACCGAGAGAGAUGUAAUGUGAUGGCUGGAGACUGUGAGACAUGAGAUGACCCAGCAGCGGAUGAUUUUAUUCGUCUCAUUACAAACACAUUAGCUACUCAACGACAACAACAACAGAGAUAACAACAGCGGCAGCAGCGCUAUAACACGAAUGUCUUCUUUAUUAUCUUGUGGAUUAAAGUGACGGGAUAAGAAGAGAAAAGCGUGUGAAUGGAUGAACAUCGUCUCUUAUAAAGGAUUAUUUCAUAUAAAUGCGUGAAUGACCGCAGGCCGCGCUAAACAGCGGUGUGUUGUAAGUGCUGUGUGGCUCUGUGAGUGAUGUUUGCGCGUGCAUGCUCGUGACAUGUCGCUCUUCAGAGAGUUCGUGGCUCCGCCGGAGUGUCCAGUGUUCGAGCCCAGCUGGCAGGACUUCAGCGACCCGUUCGGCUUCAUCCACAAGAUCAGAGACAUCGCUGAGAACACGGGCAUCUGCAAGAUCAGACCCCCACAGGGUUGGCAGCCUCCUUUCGCCUGUGACUUUCGCAGUUUUCGCUUCACUCCAAGAAUCCAGCGACUCAAUGAACUAGAGGCUCUCACCAGAGUCAAGCUCAACUUUCUGGAUCAAAUCGCCAAGUUUUGGGAACUUCAGGGUUGUAGACUGCAUUUUCCUCAAGUGGAGAGAAAAGUGCUGGAUCUCUAUCUGCUGAGUAAGCUGGUGUCUGCAGAAGGAGGCUUCCAGGUGGUGUGUAAAGAGAAGAAAUGGUCAAAGAUCAGCAGUCGUAUGGGGUUCCCGUCCGGGAAGGGCGUGGGAUCUCUGCUGCGCUCUCAUUUCCAGAGGAUUCUGUAUCCAUACGAGCUCUUCCGCUCCGGAGCGUCAUUACCCGGCGUUCACAAGAUUUACCCAGAAAACCCUGAGGCUGAAGACACAGAUGAAGGGAUCGGAGGUGGAGAUGACGAGGAAGAUGAGGAGAGAAGAGCGGAGCGACGUUCUCCUCAACAUCUGAAGGAUGAAAGAGAAAACGAGGAGCCUAAAGCUGUGCAGAUGUUCAACACCGCUGACAUCAUCACACCUGAUGAUGACAGCUUCAUCAGAAAGCAGAAGUACCUGAAGGCUCAAGCAUUCGCCCUGAAGAUGCGUCCACGCAAAGAGAUGCUGCAGGUGAAUUAUAUCGACUUGUACAUGUGCAUGGCGUGUGGGCGGGGCGACGAGGAGGAGCGCCUCCUGCUGUGUGACGGAUGCGAUGACAGCUAUCACACCUUCUGUCUGAUCCCGCCCCUGCAGGACGUCCCUAAAGGAGACUGGUGCUGUCCCAAGUGCGUGGCAGAGGAGUGUAACAAACCCCGUGAGGCAUUCGGCUUCGAGCAGGCCGUGCGCGAGUACACGCUCCAGAGCUUCGGCGAGAUGGCCGAUCACUUCAAGUCGGAUUACUUCAACAUGCCGGUGCACAUGGUGCCCACUGAGCUGGUGGAGAAAGAGUUCUGGCGUCUGGUGAGCAGCAUCGAGGAGGACGUCAUCGUGGAGUACGGCGCCGACAUCAGCUCUAAAGAUGUCGGCAGUGGAUUCCCGGUGAGAGACGGAAAGAGGAAACUGACCGGAGACGAGGAUGAGUACGCCAACUCGGGCUGGAAUCUGAACAACAUGCCGGUGCUGGAGCAGUCGGUGUUGACGCACAUCAACAGCGACAUCUCGGGCAUGAAGGUGCCGUGGCUGUACGUGGGCAUGUGCUUCUCCUCCUUCUGCUGGCACAUCGAGGAUCACUGGAGUUACUCCAUCAACUUCUUGCACUGGGGCGAACCCAAGACCUGGUACGGAGUUCCAGCACACGCGGCCGAGCAGCUGGAGUCUGUCAUGAAGAAAGAAGCUCCAGAGCUGUUCGACUCACAGCCCGACCUCCUGCAUCAACUCGUCACGCUGAUGAAUCCAAACGUCCUCAUGGAGCACGGCGUCCCGGUGUAUCGGACCAAUCAGUGUGCAGGAGAGUUUGUUGUCACCUUCCCAAGAGCCUAUCACAGCGGCUUUAAUCAGGGCUACAACUUUGCAGAGGCCGUAAACUUCUGCACAGCAGACUGGCUGCCCCUCGGGAGACAGUGCGUGGCUCAUUACAGACGUCUGCAGCGCUACUGCGUCUUCUCGCACGAGGAGCUUGUUUGUAAGAUGGCCUCCGAUCCCGAGAGUCUGGACGUGGAACUGGCUGCUGCUGUGGUACGAGAGCUUGGCGAGAUGAUGGAGGAGGAGAGCAGACUGAGAAGAGCCGUUCAGGUGCAGGGGGUGCUCUCCUCAGAGCGGGAGGUGUUUGAACUGCUGCCUGACGACGAGCGUCAGUGCUGGCGGUGUAAGACUACCUGUUUCCUCUCGGCUCUCACCUGCACCUGUUGUCCAGAGCGUCUGGUGUGUCUGCACCACGCCGCUGAGCUCUGCGGCUGCCCGGCAAGCGACAAGUGUCUGAGAUACAGGUACGAUCAGGGUGAGUUUCCCACAAUGCUCUACGGGGUAAAGUCACGUGCACAGUCUUACGACACCUGGGCAAAGAGAGUCACGGAGGCGCUGGCAGGAAAUAACAAGAACAAGAAAGAUCUGAUCGAGCUGAAAGUUCUGCUGGAGGAUGCCGAGGACAGAAAGUACCCAGAGAACAACCUCUUCCGUCAUCUCCGAGACACUGUGAAGGAGGCCGAGACGUGCUCGUCUGUGGCUCAACUACUGCUCAGUCACAAACACAAACGAGAACGUCCCGAGAGCGGCGCGCAGAAGACACGAAAUAAACUGAGCGUGGACGAGUUGAAAGUGUUUGUGGAGCAGCUGUACCGUCUGCCCUGUGUCAUCAGUCAGGCCAAUCAGGUCAAAGAGUUGCUGGAGAAUGUGGAGGACUUUCACGAGCGUGCUCAGGCGGCUCUCUCGGACGACACUCCAGAUUCCAGUAAGCUGCAGGCUCUUCUGGAUCUGGGCUCGGGGCUGGACGUGGAGCUGCCCGAGCUGCCGCGUCUCAAACAGGAGCUGCAGCAGGCACGCUGGCUGGACGAGGUGCGUCUGACACUGAUGGAGCCUCAGCGCCUCACGCUGGAGCUUAUGAAGCGGCUCAUUGACUCGGGCGUGGGUCUGGCGCCACAUCACGCAGUGGAGAAGGCCAUGGCUGAGCUGCAGGAGCUGCUCACCGUGUCCGAGCAUUGGGAGGAGAAAGCUCGGACGUGCCUGCAGGCCAGGCCUCGGCACAGUUUACUGACACUGGAGAGUAUUGUGAUGGAGGCGAAGAAUAUUCCGGCAUAUCUGCCCAAUGUGCUCGCCCUCAGAGACGCUCUGCACAGAGCCAAGGAGUGGACGGCCAAAGUGGAGGCCAAUCAGAGCGGCAGUAACUACGCCUACCUGGAGCAGUUGGAGGGGCUGUUAGCAAGAGGUCGAUCCAUCCCUGUCAGAUUGGAAGCUUUGCCA